CCCGGCCGCGACGUGGUGCGCAUCGCGGGCGUCGAGGCGGGCACUUUCCACACGCUCCUCGACUUCAUCUACACAGGCGUGGUGAGCAUCGGGGAGCACAACGUGCAGGAGCUGAUAGUCGCCGCCGACAUGCUGCAGCUCACCGAGGUGGUGGAGCUCUGCUGCGAGUUCCUCAAGGGCCAGAUCGACCCCUUCAACUGCAUCGGCCUCUUCCAGUUCUCCGAGCAAAUUGCCUGCCACGACUUGUUGGAGUUCACUGAGAGCUACAUCCACGCUCACUUCCUGGAGGUGCAGAGCAGCGAGGAAUUCCUAGCGCUAAGGAAAGAGCAGCUGAUUAAGAUCCUGCGAAGCGAGGACCUAAGUAUAGAGGAUGAGUACCAGGUUUUUAUAGCUGCAAUGCAGUGGAUCCUGAAGGAUCUGGGAAAAAGAAAGAAACAUGUAGUGGAAGUACUGGAACCUGUUCGAUUUCCUCUGUUACCAGCACAAAGACUCUUGAAAUACAUAGAAGGUGUUCCAGAUUUCAGCCUUCGGGUGGCCCUGCAAACUCUGUUGAAAGAAUACUGUGAAGUCUGUAAAUCUCCCAAAGAGAACAAGGUCAGCAGUUUUCUGCAAGCUUCUAAAGCUCGUCCCCGGAGGAAAGCCAGGAAGUACCUUUAUGCAGUAGGCGGAUACACCCGACUGCAAGGAGGACGCUGGAGUGACAGCAGAGCCCUCAGCUGUGUGGAGCGAUUUGACACCUUCAGCCACUACUGGACCACAGUGUCCUCUCUCCAUCAGGCCCGGAGCGGGCUGGGUGUAGCUGUCGUGGGCGGGAUGGUCUAUGCCAUUGGAGGUGAAAAAGAUUCAAUGAUUUUUGACUGUACUGAAUGUUACGAUCCUGUUACAAAGCAGUGGACUGCUGUGGCUUCCAUGAACCAUCCCCGCUGCGGAUUGGGAGUGUGCACAUGUUAUGGUGCUAUCUAUGCUUUAGGAGGUUGGGUUGGUGCAGAGAUUGGCAACACAAUUGAAAGAUUCGAUCCUGAAGAGAAUAGUUGGGAAGUGGUAGGAAGCAUGGCUGUGCCCCGCUACUGCUUUGGGUGUUGUGAAAUGCAAGGUUUGAUUUAUGUUGUUGGCGGUAUCAGCAAUGAAGGAGUAGAGUUACGUUCUGUUGAAGUCUAUGAUCCAAUAUCUAAACGUUGGUCUGAGCUUCCUCCCAUGGAAACCCGAAGAGCAUAUCUUGGUGUAGCUGCUCUCAACAAUUGUAUUUAUGCUGUGGGAGGCUGGAAUGAAUCUCAAGAUGCACUUGCCUCUGUAGAAAGAUACUCAUUUGAAGAGGAAAAAUGGGUCGAAGUUGCAGCAAUGAAGAUACGAAGAGCUGGUGUCUGUGUUGUGGCAGUAAAUGGAUUUCUGUACGCCUCAGGAGGCCGUGCUCCUAGUCAUGAUUUUGCUGCUCCAGUAACCUCUGACUCUGUUGAAGUGUAUAACCCUCAUAUGGACAGUUGGACUGAAAUCCCCAACAUGAUCACCAGCCGCUGUGAAGGAGGUGUAGCUGUGCUGUAGAGGGGGGAAAAAAACAGAAAAAAGAAACUUCCCUAAGGAAAAAGUGAGCUUCUACCU